GCCGUAUAUACAGUUCUUGUGCUUGUUGGACUGUGUGCCAUGCCAGGAAGUGGAAAAUGUAAGACAGAGGAAGUAGAGAUGUGUACAAGCUUGGACCCACCAGAGGGCUGUUUUUGCAAGAUGUGCAUAUCAUGCCCAAAAGGAUUUGGACCAACUCACCAAUGUGGUGGAAGAUACUGGAAUGGCACCAUAAUAAAGUGCAAAACCUGCCCCAAUGGUGUUAGCUAUUCUGAGGAAGAUAGCAUCGCCUCCUGUCAGCCAUGUCGUCAGUGUGGUGGUAGAGAAACCUCACGCAAUUGCACACCCAACAGCGAUACCAUCUGUAGUAACAACUGCAGAGUAGGGUACAUCAUGAAUGAUGCCGUGGAGGACUGUGUUUUGGACCCCACUUCUCAACAGAUAGAUACAGCAAAACUGAUCACCCAAUUACCUGGGACUACAACCAUCCACAAGAAUACACAAAAGAAUUCACAUGGAACUACUACAACUACAAAGCCUAUCCAUUCUGACAAGUCUGGGAGAGAUGGGCAAUCAAACAGCAAAGAUCAUUCCAGGGAUAACAAAAUCAUAAUAGUAACAGUGAUUGUCAUAGGAACAGUGAUUGUCAUAGUAACAGUGGGAUUUAUAUUGUACUGCUGCCUAAAAAAGGUUGCCUGCUUCCGACGUAACAAUGCUAGGAAUCAAGAUGAGGAAAUAGCAUUAACUGAUAAAAAUAGUACAUCUCCCAGAUCUUCCCAAGAAAUUGUUCCACCAUGGCCAAUUGACCUUCGACUCAGUCUUAUUCCACAAGCCCUGCGUUCAGAUGUCACCAACUAUAUUAGCGAAAGCUCACCAGUUGUCAAAGGCUGGCAGGCCAUUGGAGAAGAUAGUCAGAUCAAUUUAACUCAAUUUGAGUUACAAGCAAUCAGGAUUGCUGGUAAAAAGCAAGGUACAAAUGAGGGUGAGGAGCUGUUGAUAAAGCUUGUAUCUUUCAAGCCAGAGUUAACACUUAUGAAAUUUGUGAAGGUCCUUGAAAAUGUGGGAAGAAAAGACGUUGUUGAUAUUAUCUAUAAUUUCUAUAAUAAUGAAAUUAAAAUAAAUGAUGCAGUCCAAAUAGAUCAAGAAUCUCAAAAUGACCAACUUGAUGAUGUUUGAAUUGCACUAUAAGAUUACUGGCCAACUUGUAAUAUAUUAAACAUAAGAAAUUAAGAAUAUUUCGUACAAUAAUAUACUAGUUUAAGAAGUGGGUUGAAUAAGACAAUUUUUAGCUGAGGAUUUUUCUAGAAUUUCUACUGAACUUGAUAAACAUUGGAUCCAGGGGUAUGGUGGAGAGGGGAAUCCAAUGCAUGAGAGGGGUACUACACAAAUACAUCGCCACAAAACGUCGUUCCAAUCCACUACAACUGUGUUGUAAAAAUUAAAGUUAUCAAGCUAAGAUAAGACUUAUUAUUGUGUAUACUGUUAUAUAGUUAUGCUUUUAAAAUUAAAGUUAGGCUUUUUGCUCAGUAAUAAAUAUUAUGCAAGGUGGAUUGGAAAAAUUCUGCUAAGGAUUUGACACCCUUUUGUACUUUGCAGGUUUUUUUUUAUUUGGUCUUAUGUAUUGUAUAAUGAUUAUUAGUAGAGCUGACUCUUUAGAGUACCAGUUUGAAGUCAAUCUUGCUUUUGAGGGUUGACACCUUAUUCAUGCAUCUGCAACAAAAAUGGUGUAUAUACGGAUAUAUAGGAUGGUGUAAUCUGGCUUCCAAAAUAUUUUAAAGAUAACCUAUAUAGUAGUAUAUAUUCAAUCCAUCCUUGCCAUGCAUGCUUACCAUUUAAAUGGAAAUUAGUAUCCAACACAUGUGAGAGCCGUAGUAUAUGGCUUGUUUUUUCUAGGGCUAAUGAAAUUAAGUGACAUGCUUUCUUGUAUAUUAUGAUAAUGCAUUAAUUAUUAUUAUUAAUUACAAUAUGACAAGCAUUAUUCUGCAGGCCAGUUAUUUAUGCAUGUGCAGUUUUAGAGAAUGUACAUAUUUUGAUCAGUAAAGGGAAUUGUUAAAUUCCCACCUGCCCUGUCUAAGGGGUGUGGUUUCAAUUGACUAGUGCAUAUUAUUUUGUUAGUGCUUGCUACUAAUAUAACAGCAUUGGAAUAUUUAUGCACAUUUUAUAUUAUGUACCAUGAUGUCAUGCUAUGUAUAUAUAUUCGAGAGUAAAAAGUGUUUUUUUUUUCAAACACUUGGCAUGGACUUAAGCCAUACAGAAUGGCUUAAAAUUUUAUUCCAGUAAAAAGCAUUAGCUAGUUAUUAUAAAUAUAACAAAUUUUAGUAAUUUUAGACUUGAAUAUAGAGUUUCAUCACACAUGCCAUGAUUGGUUGAGCAACCAGGGACUCUAUUAUGAGGUUUCCCAAGCCAGUAGAGCAGUAGUAAUACUAAAACGUUUCUAUCCUCAAUUUUGUCUUUUCUCUGAUGUUUAAGUCUAAAAUUAUACCAAAACAAUUAUAUAUUCACUUUAAGCUCAGUGAAUAUGGGGAACUAUAUAUUUACCUAGCUGGCUGCUUCAAAACUUCUCUGAUGUUUAAGUCUAAAAUUAUACCAAAACAAUUAUAUAUUCACUUUAAGCUCAGUGAAUAUGGGGAACUAUAUAUUUACCUAGCUGGCUGCUUCAAAACUUGCGGCUUGGUAUUUAAAUACUCCCUCAUAUGGGUGAUAUUUAUGUAUUAUAUUGAUGUUUAUAUCAAAUGUAAAUACACUUUAAAUGAACAAUUUUUUUAAAAAUUAAAAAGACUGUGUAAACAAGA